GGCUCUGGCUAGAGUAGCUGUAAUAAGGAAGGAGAAACACCGCCUUGAAAAUGGCUGAAGAUUCCCUCUUGAAUUCCUUGAUUGAAAAAGAAAUUCCAGACGGCCUUCAAGCACUUGUUGAUAGCCAUAGGAACCUAGCAGAACUUGCAGCAUACUGCAAAGAAAAUUAUCGACAAAACUCGAACAAACAGGCUGCCUUAAAUGAAACCAAACAAUAUGCCUCACAGUCGCUUGCCAGUGUGGCCUACCAAGUACACUCGCUCGCCGUGAACAUGUUGCAAAUGAUGGACCAACAAAUGAUUCAGUUGAACAAGAUGGAUUCAGGCAUCAGUGGAAUUUCCUUGACUGUAGAUAUUCAUAAAGAAAAAGUUGCAAGGAGAGAAAUUGGUGCACUGACUGCAAAUAAAAAUGUGACAAGAGGGCAUAAGAUUGUAGCACCUGCUCAACAAGAGAAGCCAAGGAGGUACAAAAGGGAAGAAAUUGACUAUGCUGCCCUUGAUGACAUAGGUCAUGGAGUUCGGACAGUCCCAAGGAAGAGCAUUAGCACUCGAAGGCCUUCUGCUUCAUCCACUGGUUCAGGAACCAUCAGGGGAUCCUUUUCUGGGUCUGAGGGCUUCCAUUCGAGCUCAUCCUCAAUUAAUGAGAAGCCAACAAAGGGAUCAGCAUUACCUCCACCAGUUAAGCCCCCUGUAAAACCCUUCCCUAACCAAGCCACAACUCCUUCACCCCCAGUGCCACCAACCUAUCAAGAUGCAACUGGAGGAAGCAUGCCUCCGCCCCCUCCACCACCCUACGGUUCUGGCUCUGCCCCUCCACCUCCAUUUAAUGCUGCACCACCCCCUCCACCUCUACCUCAAAGCCAAUCAGUAGCAGGAAUGCCUCCUCCACCCCCUCCAAUGAUGGGAGGUGCACCACCUCCCCCACCACCACCAGCACCUCCAAUAGCUGGUGCACCAAAUGUGCCUGCCCCACCUCCUCCACCACCAACUGCCAUGUCAGUCAUGCCACCACCACCACCACCUUUCCCUGGAGGUGGUAUGCCAGCUCCUCCUCCACCAUCGAUGCUGGGUCAUAGCAACAGUCAGAUGGAUGAUUCAUUUCCCAACCCACCCCCACCCCCUCCUCCACCAGCACUAAUGGGAGAAUUUGGUAGUGGCAAGAUUUGCCACCUCCGCCACCAAUGAUUGAUGACACAUAUGAUGUACCCCCGUCUCACAACACUGCUGCAUAUGAACCCCCAGGAUAUGUGGCUGGACAUACAAUAAUACCAAAAUUAUACAGAGUUCGAGCAUUGUAUGAAUACGUAAAAGACAAAGAUGACGAGCUGGAUUUAGGUGAAAAUGAUAUAAUAUGGGUUACGAAAGAGAAUGAUGAUGGAUGGCUCGAAGGGACAUCAGACGACGGCCGCAGGGGACUUUUCCCAGG